CCAGGUAGCAAGAGCCAUUGAACUCCUUUUAAACUUGUUGGUGCUGUUCCCCCCUAACACCAGAGCGAGAGAUAUCAGAGAGAGAGCGACAGAGUUGUUAACUUGUUGGGGAUCAGAUGGCGAAAGCUGCGGCGAUCUUGAUAUGCAUCUUGGUUGUUGCACUCGAUGUAACAGCAGGCAUCCUUGGGAUUGAGGCAGAGGUGGAGCAAAACAAACAAAGGCAUAUCAGGGUGUUCAUAUUUGAGUGCAAGGAGCCGAGCCGCGAAGCAUUGAGGAUGGGGAUCGCUGCAGCUACGAUUCUGCUACUGGCUCAUGUAAUCGCUACCAUGCACGGAGGCUGCAUCUGCAUCUUUUCCAGAGAGGAACUCGCUAAGUCGCCGGCGAACAGGCAAAUAGCUGCCUUCCUCUCACUUUUCUCUUGGAUCAUACUCGCCAUUGGGUUCUCACUGCUGAUAAUUGGAGCCCUUGCCAAUCGCCAUUCCAAGGGAACUUGUGGACUCUCUCACCAUAAAAUGUUGUCAACUGGGGGAAUUCUAUGCUUUGUACAUGUGGCUUUCAUCUUGGGAUUUUAUGUCACUGCCCUAGGAAUCUCUAGGGAGGAGGAAGAAAAGGUGCACAAGAGACCUGCAGGCACCAUGCAGAUGACUGAAGGAAGACAUGGACCAGAACAUAUCUAGUUUCAUACUUUUUCUCCUUUUCUUGUUUCCAUUUUGAUAGACUGAUUUGCCUUUCUUUUCUUUUCUUUUUUUUUCUCCUUGUUGGGUUGUAUUGCUUUCCUUUUUACAAUCCAUUUUGAUCUUUGUGCUUUUGUAUGUGGUGAUUCAAAUUGUGUUUACUGCAUCAAAUUUGGUCUUUGUGUCUAA